AUGGCCCAUUCAAAUGGCUCGAGUGGAAACACCACCAAUGGCACCACUGGUUUUACUCUGAAAGAAGAGCCAGUCGAGAACCUAAGGCGGCUCAAAGUUCGGGUGGUCGGCGCUGGGUUCUCUGGGAUCUGUGCGGCCAUCAGGAUACCCGAGCGACUCAGAAACAUCGAUCUUGUGGUAUACGAAAAGAACGAGGGCAUUGGGGGUGUAUGGUGGCUCAACAAAUACCCGGGUUUGGCUUGCGAUAUCCCAUCUCAUUCCUACCAAUACACGUUCGCGCCCAACCCCCACUGGUCGUCUCUGUACGCCCCUGGGCGAGAGAUCCAGAACUACCUGCAGGGCGUCGCAGAAAAGUUUGGCGCGGUGCGCUUCAUCAAGACCCAGCACAAGGUAGUCCGAUGUGCGUGGAACGCCGAGACCAAGAAGUGGGCUGUUCAGGUCCAGAAAGCCGACACUGGCGAGACGUUCGAGGAGCAUGACAUUGACUUUGUCAUCACGGCUCGGGGCCAACUGAACGAGGUGGCUUGGCCACAGGUACCCGGGCUUGGGACGUUUCGAGGCAAGCUGCUGCACUCGGCUGAGUGGGACGAGGAGUACGACUUCCGGAACAAGCGGGUCGGCGUUAUCGGGAACGGCUCUAGUUCCAUACAGAUUGUACCGAGCCUGCAACCCGUUGAAGGGGUCAGCAUGACAGUGUUUAUGCGCUCGCCUACCUGGAUAUCAUCAAACGCAUUCGGCGACUCUGCGAUGGCAGCACUGGGUCUUGAUGCCGAAGGAUUGACGCCUGAAAAGCGCGAAGCCCUCGCGUCGAACCCGGAGGAGUACCUUCGGUUCAGGAAGGUCAUUGAGGAUGGUGGCAACGUCAUCCACGAGGGUACUAUUCACGGCUCGGAAAUGCAGAAACAGCUCAUCAAGGCUUUUACGGCGUCGAUGAGGGAGAAGCUCGCCAAGAAGCCCGAGCUCUUUGACGUUAUCAUCCCGACCUUUGCCCCUGGAUGUCGACGCCUGACCCCGGGGAAAGGCUAUCUCGAAGCCCUGUCUCAAGAUAAUGUUCACGUCACCAACGAGACCAUCACCGAGGUCACCGAGACGGGGGUCAAGCUUGCCAGCGGUAGCGAGGUCCAAGUCGAUGCGCUAGCCUGUGCCACGGGCUUCAGGACGAGUGCGCCACCCCCCUUUGAGGUCGUGGGUCGGGACGGUGUGACUCUUGCACAACGUUGGAGCCCACACCCGGAGAGCUACCUCAGCGUGAUGGUGGACGGGUUUCCAAACUACCUCAUGAUGUUUGGACCGAACAGCGCCAUUGGCUUUGGGUCCCUCACCAAGAUCCUGGAGAGCGAGUGUGAUUAUUGCGUCAAGAUACUGCGCAAGAUGCAGAAAGAGGACUAUGCCACCAUAGAGCCCAAAACGGAAAGGGUCAGGGACUUCCAACAGUACGUCGGGGCCUACUUCGCAGACACGGUAUAUUUAGACAACUGCAAAUCAUGGUAUCGAAGUGAUGGUGGUAAGGGCGACUGGAUCAUCGGACUUUGGCCAGGCUCGACACUGCACGCUCUAGACUCGCUCAUGUCGCCGCGUUGGGAGGAUUUCAGUUACGAGAGCGCCGACACUACAGGCAACAGUUUGAGAUGGCUAGGCAAUGGCUGGAGCGUGACCGAAACCGAGGGCGACCCCUCGUGGUAUCUCAACCCCGACGAGGUCGAUUGGCCACACGAGGGCAAGCCGGAAGAGGCGCCUCGCUUCAAGGCAAGACCCUGGUCGCAUUAG